AUGAUCCCCAGGAGGUACUUCUGCUCUUCUUGUUCAGCUCAGCCUUGGCUUUUUGUGGGCUUAGGGAACCCUGGUGAUAAAUACAAGGGAACCAGGCACAAUGUUGGAUUUGAACUGAUUGAUGCAUUUGCAAAGUCCGUCGGAAUUUCAAUGGACUCAAUCCACUGUAAAGCUAUGUUUGGGUUUGUAAACGGUGUUCCUGUUUUCCUUGCAAAACCACAAACGUAUAUGAACCUUAGUGGUGAAUCUAGUGGUCCGCUAGCAGCUUAUUACAAGCUCCCUCUCAAUCGUGUGAUUGUGUUUCAUGAUGACAUGCAGUUGCCUUGUGGCGUGCUUCGUCUGAAUCCCAACGGGGGUCAUGGAGGUCACAAGGGGCUGAAGAGCGUGAUGCAUAACUACCGCGGAAAUACAGAUUUUCCUCGAUUGAGAAUAGGUAUUGGGAGGCCUCCAGGUCAAAUGGAUCCAAAAGCAUUUUUGCUGCAAAAGUUCAAUGCCACAGCUUCGGAACGGAUUGACGCUGCCCUAAGAGAAGGGGUUUACGCGUUGGAGCAAGUUUUGGCCAAAGGGGUAUCGGAGAGUGCGAGAUGGUUUAAUACUGAUCAGAAGUACAAGCACAUGAGGCUGCAGAACAUGGCAGCAUAA